AUGGGGCCCAAAGCUGUGUGCCUUAUGAUUUCUUGUGCUCUGGUGGCUUGGCAUAUGCAUACAACUUUCUCAGCAAACUAUGAAGAACCCUGGAAAAUAAUGAUCAUUCAUUCUCUUGUGAGAAUUUGUCAAAUUACGGUGAGUCAGUAUAUCCUUGUGGAAGAUGAGUCCAUGUCCAUUAAGUCUUUCCCGGCCUUUCUCCCUUAUGAAACCUUUGCAAGAUGGGCAGCAAACAGACUGGAUGCUGUUGUUGUGGCACCUGACUACCAACAGUUCCUUAAAUAUCACCAUCCAACUCAGUGGAACAGUGUUUCUGAUUUUGUGAAGUCUUUCCUACAACCUGAAACUCUGGCCAAAUAUGGUGUGGAUCCAAACAGAGUCUGUAUAACAGGAGAUAGUUCUGGGGCUACUUUAGCAGCAGCUAUGACUCAACAGGUCAUAGGUGACUCUGAAAUUCCCAUUAAACCUAAAUUCCAGGCUUUAAUUUACCCUGCCUUACAGAUGCUUGAUACAGAUUUACCAUCAUAUAGGGAAAAUGAAUAUGGUAUGCUGUUGCCCAAAUAUUUGGCAAUAAAAAUUAUGAGUGAAUUUUAUACAACUGAUGAAUCCCUUCAGCAAGCCUUGAAGACUAACCAACAUAUACCCGCUGAAUACAGCCAUCUCUUCAAGUUUGUCAACUGGAGUGCCCUGCUUCCUGAGAGGUUUAAAAAAGGCUAUGUUUAUACCAACCCAAUUUAUGGAAGUUCUGAAAUAGUAAAAAAGUUUCCAGGGAUUGUAGAUCCUACUAUAAACCCAUUGUUGGCCAGUGAUUCAAUGCUGAGUCUUCUACCACUAACUUACAUGCUCACAUGUCAACAUGAUGUUUUAAGAGAUGAUGGGCUCAUGUAUGUUACCCGUCUACGCAACAAUGGAGUCCAAGUGUUCCAUGAACACAUUGAGAAAGGAUUCCAUGGGUCUUUCUUCUUAAUUAAUUGGCCAUUUCACUUAAAUCUUAGUUUGAGACUAAUAGACAACUUUUUUAGUUGGGUAGAUGAGAAUUUAUAA